AUGGCUUCUACCAAGGGUUUGAACCCGUUUGCCGCUGAGUUCGUCAAACCUCAAAACUCGAGUUUCUCAAAAAAAGACUAUUCACCGCCUACCCCGCUCAACCCUUAUGCCUCAUCCUUUUACUGCUUCUCAAAUGUUCUACCGGCACCCACAGGCUUCCCAAGUACCCCCAUCACUUACUCUCUCCCUUUCCCCACCGAUUUUCAAUACCCAACUCAUUUUGAGCACCGUGUGCUUCCGGCAAUCCAGUCGGUUCAUAGGACUGUGUCUGCUCAGCCAGAGCUGGUUGAAGUGCAGCAACCAGCUCAUGACCUUGUGGCGCAGGAAGCUAACCAAAAAUUUGUGCCUCCAAAAGUUCCGAGGAUUCGUGGCUCCAAAGGAAGGUAUAGGAGGUAUAGCCGAUUCUUUGAUCAGCAAAUCGGAAGAAGCAGUACUAGUACAGAGAAGCAGGAGGGGAAGCCUGCUUUGAAGUCGACUGAUGAGAAAAAGCUACCAAAGAAAUUUAUUGAUUACAAUUGGUGUGUGCCCAGGAGGAUGGUGAAGAGAUUCUCCAACGUGCUGCCGGUGAGAAAAGACGGUGACGGCACCACCGUCAUGAUUAGAAACAUACCCAAUAAGUACUCUCGUGAUCUGUUGAUGACUUUUCUGGACAAGCACUGUGCGAAUGAGAAUCGGAAAUCUGACGGAGGAGAAGAAUCGGAAUCGGCCUUUGAUUUCUUGUAUCUGCCUAUUGAUUUUUGGACUGGGAUGAACAAGGGCUAUGCAUUUGUAAACUUUACAAAACCAAAAGCUGUGUGGAAGUUUUACUUGGCCGCUCAUAGCCAGACAUGGGAUUCGUUCCACUCCAACAAGAUUCGAGAAAUCGCCUACGCUCGAAUCCAGGGGAAGAAGGACUUGGUUCAACAUUUUGAGACAAUGGGGUUUCCUUGUGAGUCGGAGGACGUGCUGCCGGUGUGUUUCAGUCCACCGCGGAACGGAUCAGAGAAGUUGGUGGAGAGGACAUAUGUUGGGAAGCUUGAAGGAUGGGAAGGGAUUGGGUUGAAGCGACAGGCUGCAGGAACUUGGAGGAAGGUGAAGGAAGGAAGCUCAGCUAAGUCAUGUGAUUUGCCUCAGUGCAAUUAAUGCCAGAAUCUUAGUAUGCUGGAGGAUAUCUUCUCUGAGAUGGUGUACCGUGGGGCCCUGCUGUAUGCAUCAGUCUCAAUCGAGCUCAGUUUCUAGUUGAUUGUUAUGUUGGUUAACUGUGUUAGUUUGUUUCAGGGAGAGAGGGAGAGAGUUGGUAGGGGUGUACUUGGUUGAUUAGUUUUUAGUUGUAGGAUUGAGUGUAGUGUAGAAGCAAGCGGCUCCAGUUGCUUGAGGUACUAGGGUUUACUUUGUAGGACAUGUAAUGUACAACUUAG